AUGGAGUUUUCAAGCGGUAGACUCCUGGGUUCCUUGACCUUCCUUGCUCUGGUUUUGACGGUGGUUCUUGCAGACCCUUUAGUUCCAGCUCUUAUCAUCUUUGGGGACUCUGUAGUCGAUGUAGGAAACAACAACAAUCUCAGCACAGUCAUCAAGGCUAACUUCCCUCCUUACGGAAGAGACUUUGUGAAUCACAAACCAACUGGAAGAUUCUGUAAUGGAAAGCUUGCCACCGAUUUCACUGCUGAAUAUCUGGGAUUUACAAAAUAUCCACCGGCUUACCUGAGCCAAGAAGCAAGCGGGAAGAACCUCUUGACUGGAGUUAACUUUGCCUCAGCUGCUUCUGGAUUUUAUGACCCAACCGCCCAGUUAUAUAAUUCGAUUUCACUGACCCAGCAACUGAACAACUACAAGGCAUAUCAAAGCAAAGUUGUGAAUCUGGUAGGACAAACCAAGGCCAAUGCAAUAUUCUCUGGAGGCAUCCACCUUCUAAGUGCAGGGAGCAGUGAUUUCAUUCAGAACUACUACAUCACUCCCCUAGCUACGAUCUACACGCCUGAUCAAUUCUCAGACAUUCUCAUUAGAUCUUACUCUACAUUCAUUCAGAAUUUGUAUGGGUUGGGAGCAAGAAGGAUUGGAGUGACAAGCUUACCGCCGACCGGGUGUUUGCCCGCAGCAAUCACCCUUUUUGGCUUAGGAAGCAACAAUUGUGUCACUAGAUUAAACGGAGAUGCCAUUUCAUUCAACAAGAAGCUUACGAGCACAUCUCAAAGUUUGCAGACAAGACUUCCCGACCUCAGGCUUGUGGUCUUUGACAUCUUCCAGCCUCUCCUGGAUAUGGUCACAAAGCCUAGUGACAAUGGGUUCAUGGAGUCGAGAAGAGCUUGUUGUGGAACUGGAACAUUAGAAACCUCUGUUCUUUGCAACGCAAGAUCUAUAGGAACAUGUAACAAUGUGACUGGGUAUGUGUUUUGGGAUGGAUUCCAUCCCUCUGAAGCUGCUAACGAGGUCUUGGCUGGUGAUCUACUUCAGCAAGGUUUCCCUCUCAUCAUAUAUGUUACGCUCGUUAUGUGUAUGGCGAUCUCCGAAGAAAUCUUAGAACCCGUCCUCGAUAUUAAAGAUCCCAAGCUCGAGGUUGUCUCAGCUGUCAUGUCAGAACUGAAAGUCACCGGCACCAACUUAACUGCGACAUGGAACAUGACCCUCUUGGUUACAAAUCGCAGCCACAAACUCGGCAUGAACUUUGACAUCCAAGCCUUCGUCUACUGCGGCCCAAAAGAUUACUACAUGUUAACCAUGUUAUUCAAGACCAUCGGAGUUCGGAGCAAGGAUAUCGGGUCUGCAGGUGGCUGA